AUGAGCUUUGCACCGUUCGCUGUCUCAGAGGGUUGGCUGGUGGGGCCCGCCUUGCGGCCGGGCCCCUUCGGUGGUUCUCUGCUCUGUACCCAGGGAGCAGGGGCCCCCCCGCCCCUUGCAGCUGAGGGGGGCCCCGAGGGGGCCCCCGACGGGGGGGCCCCGGGGGCCCCUCAAGAGUCCCUUGACGGAACCCCAGCAGGGCCCCCCAAAGAGGAUUCUUUGGGGGGCCCCCAUGGGGGCCCCCUCCCCACACUCCUUAUGGGGGCCACCGAGGGGCCAGCCGUGUCCUGUGCCUCUUGCCCCGGCGAAGAUGCACCUACUGAAUCUGCAGCAGCAGCAGCAGCAACAGCAGCAGCAGUAGUAGUAGCAGCAGCAGCAGUAGGAGCAGAUCGCCCGCCAUCCUCAUCUUCCUUCCCAGCCGAAGCGACAGCAGCAGACGCAGCAGCAGCAACAGAGGCUGCAGCAGAAACAGAAGCUGCAGCAACAGAAGCAGCAGCAGCAGCAGCAGCAGCAGCAGCAGCAGCAGCAGGGGAAGAUGAAGUACCUGAUACACAGGACCCACAACUCAAGGAGUGGGCGCCGUCGCCCCCGCCCCGUAUCUGGCGCUGGCUUUUUGAUUUCUUAGAGCAGCAGAUCAAGGCUCUGCCUGAGCCCGUACCCUGUAAAGACACAGCAGCAAGUGCAGCAGCAGCAGCAGCAGCAGCAGCAGAUGAGAGAGAGGCAGAGACGCAUCCUGCAGCAGCACCAGCACCAGCAGCAGCAGCAGCAGCGAGUGAGGGGACUGAGAAUAACCAGCAGCAGCAGGACCCCUCUUUCGUGGGCGCAGCUGUUGCGCCUUGUAAUGAUUCUGCUGCUGCAGCAGCAGCAGCAGCAGCAGCAGCAGCAGCGACAGCAACGACUAGUGCAUCUACAACUGCGCAUGCUGCUGUUGCUGACCAGCAGCAGCAGGACCCCUCUUUCGUGGGCGCAGCUGUUGCGCCUUGUAAUGAUUCUGCUGCUGCACCUUGCGAUGGCCCCCCUCUGAGCUUCAGCAGCAGAGGUACCUCAAGCUCUUACUUCUCCUGGACGAGCGGGGGGGGAGAGGGUCUAUGGGGGCCCCUGUGGGCCCCCUCAGGGGGUUUGGGUUUGUGGGUAGACAGCAGCAGCCGCAGCGGCGGCGGCGGAGAGGGGAACGGGUCCCAGGGGGACCCGCAGGGGGGCCCCCAGGGGGGCCCCCAGGGGGGCCCCCAGGGUAAGGAGGGGCCCCCCCCGCUGUUCAGUAAGCAGCGGCGGGUACGCUCAGCAGUAAUGAUUGUGCUGCAGGUUGCUGUUGACUUGCUGCUGUCGGCGCAGCGGCGCUCGCAGCUGCUCCUCGAUGCUAUCGGGGCGGGGGGCCCCAACGGUCCGAAGAUGGGGGCCCCCCCGCAUGCACUCUUGGGGGCCCCCUCCAGUGCUGCAGCGUCCUUCAGGGGGCCCCCUUCUGCGUCUUGGGGGCCCGGGGGGCCCCUCGGAGCAACGGACGGGGCCCCCGCGGACGCCGUCAGGCCCCUCGCAUGCCUGCAGCAACAGCAACGGCAGCAGCAGCAGCAGCAGCAGCAGCAGCAGCAGCAGCAGCAGAUGCUUUCAGGGGAAACAGAAGGCAUCGACUUGAACAGCAUUUGGUGCUCUACACAGCCCGAGCUGCGGCUCUCGCGGCUCUGCCAGGACACCAUGAGGACCCUGCUGCAGCACGUAGAGGAUGAGGGGGCCCCGGCGCAUGCGGGGGGCCCCCCGAACGGGGGGCCCCCCGAUGCAGCAGCAGAGAAAAACAAGGGUACUGGCGACAAAACAAAUGCUGAGGACCCCAACAACGUGCAGCAGCUGCUGCACCGACUCGAAGCGACGCAGCAGCUCCUCGAGCAGCAGCAGCAGCAGCUGGAAGCAGCACUGGGGGAAUUCAGCUGCACUGUUCCUGCUGCUGCUUCUGCUGCUGCUGCUGCUGCUGCUCAAGAACCAGCAGCAGGCGCACCUGAACCAGCAGCAGGCGCACCUGGUGGGGGCACGCGGCAGCAGCUAGGGGCCCUCUCUUUGGGUCAGGACCAUACGGGGGGCCCCCUUACGACUCUUUCUGGGGGCCCCCCUGCUGCUGCUGCUGCUGCUCCUCUGUACCCUGAAGGGUCUGCUCGAGCUGAGGAGAUAAAGCAGCUGAUACGGCAGACGCAGCGGGAGGUGCGGCAGCAGCAGCAGCAGCAGCAGCAAAGCCUGGACGUGCUGAAGGGUCUCCUUGCGGAGUCACACACGCUGCUGCAGCGGCUCGAAGCAGCGCAGCAGCAGCUGCAGCAGCGAGCUUGGCUUACUGGGGUUCAGCUGCGUGGCCUGCCUGCAGGGGGGGGAGGGCCUGUUGCUGCUGCUGCUGCUGGUCGUGUGGAGUGUGUAGGGUCUGUUGCAGGAGCAGGAGCAGCAGAAGAUGCAACAGCAACAGCAACAGCAACAGCAGCAGCAGCAGCAGCAGCAGGAGCAGCAGCGCAGCAGUCUAGAGAGGUGCUGCGGCUACGCGUGCAGCAAGAAGAUGAAGUCGCAGCUAUCAACAUGGGCUACAGAGAGCUGGAGGAGCAGCUGGGGGCGAUGCGGGAGAGUUUGUUGGCGAUAGCGAGAGCAAAGGAGGAGACAGAAGCAGCAGCAGCAGCAGCAGCAGCAGCAGCAGGAGGAGCAGCAGCAGAGGGAGCAGCAGCAGCAGCAGAAGAAGAUGAAGAGGGAUUGCUGGAGCAGCCCCCUUCUCUCGGGUGCUCUCCUCGGGCUCUGCUGCAGCCAGUCUAUGAAGGGACAGCACAAGCAACAGCAGCAGCAGAGCAGCAGCCCGUGCUGCUGCUGCUGCCCAGCAGCAGCCCGCGUAUUGAGAUAUUCCAGGGCCCUUUCUUUCAGCCGUAUGUAAACUGCAGACGCGGAGACACCGCAGCAGUUCAGAUAUUUACAACGCGAAAUCUUAUUAUAGACGAGCAGUUCAGGCCUGAGUCCCCAGCAGCAACGGCAGAGGGAGCAGCAGCAGCAGCAGAAGAAGAUGAAGAGGGAUUGCUGGAGCAGCCCCCUUCUCUCGGCUGCUCUCCUCGGGCUCUGCUGCAGCCAGUCUAUGAGGGGACAGCACAAGCAACAGCAGCAGCAGAGCAGCAACAGCCUGAGUCCCCAGCAGCAGCAGCAGCAACACCAGCAGCAGCAGCAGCAGCAGCAGCAGCAGCAGCAGCAGGGGGAGGAGGGGGAGAGGAGGGGGCUUGUGUACAGCCACGUGUUGUUGUGUUUACAGCACGAGAUGAAGGGACACCCCAUAAGAGCAGCGAGCUAGGAGACGGGCUGCCUGAGCUGGGGGUUGACGUCUCCGUAUGGAGGCCUUAUAUUUCUAUAGAGUGUACAGACAGCUGGGAGCCUGAGGUAUACAUAGGCCCUUGCUGCAGCGACAGCAGCAGCAACAACAGCAGCAGAGAAGCUGCAGCAGCUGCAGCAGCACCUGGGAUAGAUAGCAGCAGCAGCAGCAGACAACCAGCACCAGGACAUAUUGUUAUACACGGGCUGUGUAAGCCCACACUAGAAGAGAGAACGGCUCUGCCAGCAGCAGAAUGCCCAGCACUAUAA